AUGGACGACGAAUAUAUUAAAUUGAAUUUCUCAAACAAGAUUUCAAGCGAUAUUUCUUCCAGUUCGGGGAUUCCCACAACAGCAGCGAUGGUCCCGUCAUUGGAUACAGCUGGCAGUGCUAAACCGGCAACGUCACCACAUGUUGUUGCUACUAAUUUAGAUUUUGUCAGAAAUAAUGGUUGCAUAACACCGUCGGAUAUGUUGAAUUACGGACUUGAAAGGUCACUCAACACUACUUCGCACAGUGAUAAAUCAAUCUUAGAUUUGUUGCCAGGAGGUGCCACCCAAGAUACGACAAGGAAUUUAACUAGGAAUCGACUGGAAAAGUUUGUUAGUGGAACCGGAACCACCAGUAACGCAUCGUUUGUUGCAAUUGACAGUAAAAUCGAGCAAGCAAUGGAUUUGGUCAAGACACAUCUGAUGUUUGCGGUUCGGGAAGAAGUAGAAACGCUUCGUAGCAGAAUUUUAGAGCUGGAGGCAACAGUUCUUCAGUUAGACGCCGAAAAUGCGAUCCUCCGCGAGCACAUACCAGCUGAAAUUUUGAACAAAAUAAAUCUCCAGUUGUCACAGCCAAAAACAGCAGCGGCUGCAGUUCAGUAG